UAUUAUAGGAGUCAUUUAGAGUCGAAAGGCAGACAGAAGGUCCACAGGAGUCCCGGAGUUAACUCUCCUUAUCUUUUUUUUCUUUCUUGACUUUAAGGCGAACCUCCCUGUGUCCAAUCCGGGUGACAUUUUUUUUAACCCAAAGCACCUCUGCGAGCUGCAGGUUUUAUUCCUCUGCGAGGCGUUUCUCUCAAGAUAACAUAACCAAAACGGAGCCAAACGAGGAAGACGGACAACGACCCUCACUCACCUCUGCAAUCAUGAUGUCGAUGAACAGCAAGCAGCCUUUCAGUAUGCACCCAAUCCUGCAUGAGCCCAAAUACACGCCCCUGCACUCCAGCUCCGAGGCCAUCCGCAGAGCCUGCCUGCCCACGCCGUCGCUUCAGGGCAACAUCUUCGCCGGCUUCGAUGAGACGCUGCUGCAGAGAGCCGAGGCCCUCGCUGCCGUGGACAUCGUGGCCCAGAAGAGCCACCCUUUCAAGCCAGACGCCACCUACCACACCAUGACCACCAUGACCAGCAUGACCUGCACCCCGACCUCCUCCUCCGCGCACCUGCACCACCCGUCGGUGCUCACUUCACACCACCACCCGGCGCAUCACCAGCCGGCGCAGGGCUUGGAAGGAGACCUACUCGACCAUCUCACCCCCGGCAUCUCUUUGGGAGGCAUGCCCGGCUCGGACGUCUGCUCCACGGCCUCGCACACGGCUCACGCUGCCCACAUGUCGGCCAUCAACCACAUGCAGCACCACCACCACACUCAGUCCAUGAAUAUGCAUCCCCACGGGCUGGGCUCCCACGGCUCCCUGGGGAGCGCCGGCGGGGACGCGGAGCCUGACCCCCGGGAGCUGGAGUCCUUCGCUGAGCGCUUCAAACAGAGGCGGAUCAAACUGGGAGUCACUCAGGCUGACGUGGGAGCGGCGCUGGCCAACCUCAAGAUCCCGGGGGUCGGCUGCCUGAGCCAGAGCACCAUCUGCAGGUUCGAGUCCCUGACCCUGUCACACAACAACAUGGUGGCCCUUAAACCCAUCCUGGAGGCCUGGCUGGAGGAGGCGGAAAGGGCGCAAAGGGAGAAAAUGUCCAAGCCGGAGAUCUUCAACGGCGGCGACAAGAAGAGGAAACGCACGUCCAUCGCCGCGCCGGAGAAGCGCUCCCUGGAGGCGUAUUUCGCCGUGCAGCCGCGGCCCUCGUCGGAGAAGAUCGCGGCGAUCGCCGAGAAACUGGACCUGAAAAAGAACGUGGUCCGCGUUUGGUUUUGCAAUCAGAGGCAAAAGCAGAAACGGAUGAAGUUUUCUGCGACGCACUAGCAGACUGCAGCAGACCCGCGGGUCUCUGAGCCGCUUUCCACAAAGACAAACCAGACAAACUUGCUGAGGCUGCUCUGCUGGACCCGCACUGUCAGAAUCAACAAGGUACCGGCGUACCUGCGCCUCUUCGCGCAGGGAGAGGCUCUGCGCAGCGCACAGCCAGGGCCGCUAAAAUGCUCGCCCCCAAAAAAUGUCCCACAAUCCCUUAUUAGGUGUCAAAUAAAGCUACCAUUAAUACUUUGUUAUCUCCCUACAUACACAUCCAAUUCUGUUUUAAUUGCAGUUUCAGGGCAACUAAAUUUGCUUCUUUCUCAAGUGAAAUUCUCAUUUGGACUAAAUUCCAUUCAUGAUCCAUUAUCAGCGCAGCUAAGAUGAGCAUUGAAAACAAGUCAUAAUCUCUGUCUAAAAUUAAAAUAUAAUCAUUAGUUUUGAUUUUGAAGUGAAAAGGUAUCUGAUAUGGUUUUAAUUUUAGCUCCAGAGGAAAAAAAAUUGCUUCUUUUUUUAAGGAAAAUAGUCAGAAUUUAAUGAUCGAUUACACUGACAAAACUAAUAAAUUCAACCAAUAUAACUGGCGAGAUUCAAAUUUUGUUUGAUUUAAUUUUCCAGACAUUUCUGAGCAGAAUAUUAUAUUUAAGUCCAUUUUUAAAAUUAAAACUAAAUUAGUUCAUUUCUGGCUUAUUGCUAAGCUCAUUUAGCUCACCUGGCUUUUUCAUUCCAUGCUAAGAAGAAGGAGGAAAAGCAUAAAGCUACUAAAAUAAUCACAAACAACUUAUGUCUACACUUUAAAAACAAACUCUAAAUUUAACUCCCUUAAGGGAGUUAAAUAUUACCAUUAAAUGUUUUUUUUUAAUUAAAAUAUUAGGCCUAAUUUGGAAAUUUAAUAUUUUAAUAAUGGUGAAAUUCUCACAUUAGCAAUUUUAACCUGGUGACAACUCUUACCGAACCUUUUUGGGUUUGGAUUUAAAAGACGUUAUUUCCGUUAGCCGUUAUUCUCAUUUGUCAAGAACAGUAAUGUUGAUAUGUUUAGAGUCUCAGUAUCGAUUAAUACAUCGGCUCAAAACUGUCAUAAGAUUUGGGGUUGAACAGGGUUCUGGGUUGGAGCAUAAAUUUUAUUGCAUUUCAUUGCAUUAGCAAGUUUAGCGACAGCGCUAAAGCUAAAGUCAAACUAACUAACUUUUUUAGUUUCUUCACCCUGGGGGUAUGAUAGCUGAUGAACAGCAUCAAUCUAUUCCAUAAAAAUGUUGGUGUGUAAACCUUUCCUACCCACCACACCCCAAGUUGUUGCAUUUCUUAGCAAUGGCUGCCUCAACGCCAGGAAGCUCAGCAUGCUAGCAAGUUUGGCUUUGGCAUUAGCGCUGUCGCUAACCUACAUAAGGCCGAAUAAAGAUUCAAAUCCUUGCUAUAACACAAAAUAUUUUUCAACCAUAGGUUUUAUGACAGUUCUCAGCUUUUACUGAGUUGAAGUAUUCAUUCAUAGCAGCAACUAUGGAAACAUAUUAGCUUACUGCUGUCAACGACUAAGCGCCUAUAUCAGCUAACGAUGUUAGCCGGUGGUGUGUGUUUUUCUCAAGCGAUAAACACUAGCAAUAAAAAACACAACUGGGUGAUGAAUUUUGGAUCUCUGCUGAAGAUUUAAUAAAAAUACAAAAUUUGCGAUAGAGGUACACAGCCUGGUCAGUUGGCUUGUGCCUUUCAUGAUGUCAGGAUAGGGAUAUGCUGCUAAUGCUUGGUUUUGGAAGGGUACAUUUUAUCUUGAUUAAAAAUAAAAAAGAGUUUUCAACAACACAAAAAACCAAAUUGAAAACCUAGAACAAUCUGUAGUUCAACAGGUGAAAAUGUGUAUUCAAGGGGAGUUCAAAUAAUUUUACAGAGCAUAAAGGUUUUUUUGAAGGAAUUGUCUAAUUAGAAUUUAAUUGAUCCUUUUGCAUUCAAACUGAUAUAUUUAAAUUAUUCUGGGUGCUUAAGUUUAAUACUUUCCGAAAGUCGUUUAUAUAUUUUAGGGGACAGCAGUGGUUUGGCCUGAGAACCUUCCUGGUAUUAAAUGCAGAAUUGCGCCUUUUGGAGCAGAAACGAUGCGUUUUGGUGCGUCAUUUAGCUCAGAUGUGGAUCCGGGGCAUCUGGUGACAUUUCACUGCUCAGUAUGUGUAAACAGGGACUCUUGCGUUUUGCUUCACACCGCGUACCUUGUUUGGUUCUGACAGCAGAGCCGGAGACUGAAAAGACUCAGUGACUCUAAGAGCUGUUUGCAUCUCCACAGAAUAAACGUCUGCUCUCUGACUGAAGAGCAAAGGCGACUGUCCUGGCUGAAAAAGCGAUUAUUGUACAAAAAAAAAAUGAAAAUACUAACAAGGGCAAUCGAGGAAUAAUAGUUAAUAUUACACCUCUUUGGCCCGGAUAGUUCUUUUUAUAUUUAUCAGUGUACAUAUUUGUGAAUAUAUGCACUUCCGUGUGUGGAAACUGUCAUUGAAAUGUAUUGAAUUUUCCUCCCAGAUCUUUUUGUUAGGUACAUCAUUCUGAGGGACAAAUCAGACCAAACGAGUAGGAAAAGAUAAAAUAAGUCCGAUUCUGGGGCACAGCACGUGCAAUCAGGAAGAGAGGGGUGAUGUUUCUGCGCGUUUGUUCCAAAAUGACUAACACUCCUCCUAUACCCCCCCCCCCCUAAUUCCCUUCCUCUUCCCCUAAGUGAAUGCAUUGCAAUAAAACGCAAACACAGACUCACCCACGUAUAUAAACGCGCACAGAUACACACAUUCACACGGCGUAGCUGUGCGUCUACCUCAUUACGCAAGUGAUGGCACAUUUCUGGUGAUUUAAAACACUCUCUGGCUGGUUUUUUGAACCUGUUUUCUGUUUGUUUCCUCUGCCACUGGCGGAAUUAGGCCUGUAGAAGACUCACUGACCUGUAAAACCUGUUCACCGCAAUGAUGCUUCGACAAUCAGAUUAUGAGUAGUGUUGUUGUUCCCCCCCCUCAUUAAAAACGAACGAUUUUGUCUUCUGAUCACCGACCCGUUUGUGUAGCGCACUUUGUAGAUAUUCCGAUGAAGGGAGGUAUAGUCGGCCUUAUUUAUACAUAUUUUUCAACACUUCUGAGAAAACUUUAUUGUUACUUUUAUUUUUUUAUGUUUAUUUGUUAUUUAUUUGAACUUAAUUUAUUCUGAAAGAUGAAAACAUUUCAUUUGUGAAAGUGUGCUUUAAAUGUGUCUCUGUAAAGCGGCAGAAGCUGAAAUAAACUGUGCACGUUUUACUUCUGAAA